AUGCUUGAACGAGCAGUAGGAUGUCUCGAGUUUGCCGGACAAGGCGUGCUACAAAAGUACUUGACUGUCUUUCGCAGCCAAAAGUCUCUUGACCCCAAUUUCUGGAAAUGUCAAAUCUCUGACACCGAUGUGCGCCUCUGGCAAUCCGGACUACACCAUGAAGCUAAAAACGGUCGACCGGCCCCUAUCUCAACUCAAGCUUCGCCUGACUUUUUCCUCGACUUUCUCUAUCCUCGCAGGUGUCUUGUGAGCGCCGCCGCAUGGGUUUCAAAGCACAAAAAAGGGCAUUUGAAUAUACAGAAAAGACGCCGUGUUUAUAAUUUUAUGAGAAGUUACUGUCAGACGUCACGCUCACGCAGCCACUGUGCUUCCGACAGAGCCUCUCGUGUCAACAUUCCACGAACCCCGAGACGGACACAUGCUACCGCAGCCUCAUCCUAUGUACCUAGUAUAGAAAACAUCGGUCCGAGUACAGUGCCACGGACCAGGUUACAUCGAGACUACGAUCGGGCAUGGGUACUAUGGGAGACGGGCGACCAGGAGCGGAAAUCAAGAUCACAACUCAUGGCUUAUUUUUCGACGUCGGACAGGUCUCUCGAUGUUGAGCGAGCUAUAAGCCUGCUCGAAGGCAUUAAUGUGAAUGAACGCCGCGCGAAUGACUAUGAGAACAUGAUUCAGCCUCUACUCGGAGCAGGCCACCUGCCUGCAGUUGAACGCUUAUGUGACGACGCUGUCUCGAAGGGUGUCAAGAUAGACGUGUGGUCUUUGGCCACUAAAAUUGCUAUUCGGCACUCGAAAUGGCCAGAAUUAUCACAUAUAUGGAAUAAAAAGCAUGAGGGGAUCUCUCAAGCGUUGCCAUCCAUCCUAGCUUCGCUUCGUGACCUACCGGGUCUUCUCAAUUUGUUCCUCGAUUACCUGCAGGAGACUUCAACGUCAUCUACCGACUUGCAAUUGGCUUCAGAUAUUCUUGGUUUCGUUUUUAGGUCGGACAAAAUCAUGCGAGACAUUAUCGUGGAGAGUGCAUUGUCUUUAACGCGAAAAUCAGCCAACCUAGGCUUUCUUCAACAAAGCCACUAUGAAACUGCCAUUCAAACUCUGCUCAAAAUUGGGACACGCCCCUCCAGAGUUUUAUCUAUGAUUCUUUAUCGGAAUUUCCGGUGGCAUCUGAGUUCGUGCAGACCAACUAAAACGCUCAUUCACCAAUUGUUGGAAAUGCUCGCCGCAAUGAAAACUCGUUACGGAGUUCAGUUUCUUCUUGAUGAAUUCGCACAUUUCUUUAAGCAGCCAUCGAUAGGAGCGUACAAUUUUGCGCUCCUCGCCUUUUCUCGAUCAGGUGAUGUAGCAAAGACACAAGAAACCUUCGACGAGAUGGUAGAGCUAUACGGAAUUUCCACUAAGAACCCCAAUGUUCCGCACAAGACACCGCGGACGCCGAGAUGGGUUGGAGCGCUUAUCCAUGCUCACGCAAGAUUGGGUGAUUAUCCGUCAGCGGAACAAGAGUUUCAUAAAAUUGCGCACGUCUAUAAAGUACACCAAAGUCGACAGUGCUGGAAUGCACUCAUCUCAGCUCAUGCCAACGCUCGUAAUUCUUAUGGGGCCUUCAGAGUUUGGAGGCGAAUGAAUCGCAAAGGUAUGAAACCAGACUGGUACACCUAUGGGACAUUGAUGGGUAUGUGUGCUAGGUUGGGUGAUAUUGAGAAUACGAUAGAGUUGUGCCAGAUGGCGGAAAAACGGCCAGGCAAGAUGCCUGCAGCUUUGAUGGAUACGGUUGUCGAAGCCUAUUGCCGCAACCAACGCUUUCAGGAAGCGGAACAGAUGGCAGAAAGGUGUCUGGCUUUGUCUCUGGAUGGUUCGCGCACCCGAAUGUGGAACGUCUUGCUAUGGUCUCACGCCUUUCGAGCAGAUCUCGACUCUGUCUCUCGAAUCCAGAAUCGAAUGAAGGAAGCAGGGAUAGAGUUUGAUGAAAUGACUUAUGCUGCUAUGAUGCUCUGCUUUGUGGUUAUCGGACAACCAGAUUCAGCUCGGCGUCUCCUUCGAGGCUUACAGCGCGGUCGACGUAUCCAGGCUUCCGAAUUUCAUUAUACGAUAGUCCUUUAUGGCUAUGUUAAACAAGGGAAUAGAGAUAUGAUCUAUCUCAUCAAUAAGGAAAUGGAGCAGAGAUUUAAAAAUCCUAGCAUGAGCGCUCGUAUCUUGAUGUUGAGGGCCACCCUCCAAAGAGAUACCUUUGUACUACCUUCUCAGGCAGAUGGUCUGGGAGACUCGGGAUAUCGUUUGGCAUUAACCGAGGAUCUUCUUUACAAGGCCGUGUUCGAUUUUGAUCGACGGCAAUUCGCCAACAAAUACCCUCGCCCAGGAACCAGCAGCUUACCGGUACAUGAGGCCUUCCCUUCACUGCUCUACGAGCCAGUGCUGCAAGCUUAUAGCACAGAAGGAAUGCACCGCCGGACGCAACAGUUGCUCAAAGAGUAUGCAAAGGAUGUCGAAUCUGCCAUGGCUUCAGACAAACGCAUUGUCGCGCCGUCUUUGCGCUUCUUGUCCGUGUUAAUGGAAGUGUACUCACAGGCUGAAAAUUUCGAAACGGUGCAAAAGUGCUGGGAACUAGCCUUGGAAAGAGCGGGAAGAAUGCUGAUAAGAUCCCCUGUCUCGCCAGUUCUGACACCUAGACCGGGCGAUGCGCCAAUUCCUAGGGGCAAUAUCUCCCUGCCUGGGCUUCCGUCCCUGUCGAUUUCUGACUCAGGGUCCCAAUCAGCUUCUAAUGACCGCAGAGAUUCUCCAGAUAAAGAGUCACACACCACAGAAGCUCCGACACCUGAAUCUACCGACAAGCAUGUCAGGACUCCACGUUACCCUUCAGAAGAAUCUAUUAUUCCAUCACAACGGUACAUUCUGUCGCGACACUUUACCAUAUAUAUGGGAAUGGUGGGAAAAGCUGGUCAAAGUUCGAAGUUGCCCGAAUUGGUUGGCGACUAUCAAAAACGUGGAUUCCUCAUGUCAUCUCAAAAUUGGCUCAUGUAUGUGCGGACUCUUGCCACGUCGAAUAGCGCGCCUGAUCAGCUCGAAGCUUUCUCUACUUUCGAGCGUAUUUUCAUGCCUCACUUUCCAGGUUGGCGUCUGCUGGCUCGAGGAACUCAAUUGAGACCCCCAGGCGUUCCUAGCACAAUUGAUCUGAUGGACAGACGCCCAAUAGGCAAAGACACGGAACAUCUUGGGAAGAAAGGUAGCCGAUUGUGGACAAAAUUAACUCCCACGUGGAUGCAUCCUACAUACAAUGUCAUGAUCUAUCUUGCGGCGACAUUGAAGGACUUCAGGGAGAGGAGUCUUACCGAAGGCAGAGAGCAAUUAGACACUCUUUCUUCGGUAGCACCGCGGACCCUGGAAGCUAUUGCGAUGAUGCCACAUUUGCGCGAGAAAUACCAAGGUGUCCUCCUGCGGAACCAAGUUGAGCAAGGCGAUCUUAGCCCUUGGCAACGUCGAAAAUAUGUGUGGACUGGUGGAGUCCUUGGUGUAGGUGGGAAGAAACGUGCAGCAGAACUUGUUGAAGAAAUCGACACGCUUUCCGAAGAAUCUGAAUUUGAAUAUGACUCGAGUGAGAUUCUCGACAUUGAUGGAGGCGAGCCCGAGGAGCACAUGGAAACUACAGAACCCACGAUUUCACCCCAAGAUGAGCACGACAUUGAAGUGGAAACUCUCAUUCAGUCCAGACGUCGUGAACUGCGCACUGAUCCUCUUCGAGAAGAAGAGCUUUCGGACAGAGGGAGUUCAUGA